CUUGAAACAAGCAUUAUCCGAUUCAUCCAGCAGGAAAGAGGUUAAUGGCUUUAUAGGGGGAGCAGUCUACUUACGGAACACAUUGCACAGAAUUGAGACAUUUACUGUAAGUGGCAGGCUGUUCUCAGCACAGGGCGGUGUGACAUUCCCCAUGCAGCAGCGAACUGGUUAACGCUAUAUACACAGCACAUGUGCAGCACCUGGGGGGGAGGUGCCAGCGACUGACACAUUCACUCUGCACGUCACCUUUGUAGGAGCACCCAAUGGCCCUCAGCAUCUCCCUGCACUGACCAGCUCUGCUCUACCCAUCAGGACAGACGCCAUGGAACACAUCAGAUUGCCAAAGGUUAGUGGAACGUUGAUGAUGUGGAAGGAAACACAGUAACAAUGUAUCCAGCAUAAGGGUGACUCAUUCCUGCAUCCACCCUGAUAUCACUGUGCAGUUAUUACAUCUUCCUCCCAGCAAGGCGUGACAGCUGCUCCCUCUCCUCCAUGAUUUUAAGGAUGUUUAUUUUCUAAUGCCGAUUGUGAGAAAAUAAUGCAUUUGGGAGGGUUUGUUUAAAUGAUACACACAGCAUGUACUGUUUACAAUGUGAGAUCCGCUACGUAUGUUACAGCAGAGAGGAGCAGGCCCUGCCCUAUAAUCAGGGAUUACAACAUGAAUUACUGUUAUUUCUAUUUAUGUUGCCUUGAAUCUAGGAAGCUCUCACUGGCAAAUCUGAAAUAUCAUCAUUUUAGUAUCGUUAGAAUAAUAUAUCCACUGGCAUACUCUGCUUUUAUGCCACCCACAAAGAAAUUUUCUUCUAAAUUGCCAAGUGUCUUGAAGUGAGAAAUUACUGAAAAUAUAGGACAUUAUGGUAGAUUUGAGUGUGUGAAUGUUUUGGAGAACAUUUUCCAUUCCUGCUCUUUGACCUAGGUUCAGCUAAUUCUUUUUCAAUUAACUACAUCUCAUUCACAACUAACCAUGGAAACUAAACAUACUAUGCAUUUUAGCUUUUUUAAUUUAUAGAUGAUGCCCAGUUUUAAAGAAUUGGAUUAUUUGGAAUCAUGUUAAUCACAUCCUAGGCUAAAGAGGGGUGAUAUUAGGUACUGGGGGUUAAUGUCCUUAUCAGAGUCUUAGAUGUUCAUGGGGACACAGGUCAGGUUAGCAUGUUUUUCAAUGACAGCCGAAGGUGACUUCUCUUCUUUUUUUAGUGGUACUCAGUGAGAAAGGACCAAUGUAGAAAUACUAGCCAAAAUAAUUUCCUCUUCGUACUCUCCAUAUUCUGGAACCAGGCCCUCUCAGUUCCUAGCUUCUAAGACGCUAGGGGCCGUUUUACUAUUUCCCUCUUGUGAAUGUGUGAAAAUACAAAAUGGAACAUCCUUCAAAAUGAAUUAAUAAAAAAUAUAUUUAAAAAAAAACAAAAACAAACACGUGACAGUGAUGCUCUAGGAUUAGAGAGAGAUGUGUUGUAUUGGGGGGACUUGGGAAUAUGACGUACCUGCCUUUAAGAUUCAGUGAAUUGUAACUCCCAUGGUUCCUUUACUAGAUAUAUAUUUAUUGUGUUUGUAAAUAGCCUGAUGAAGAUUGCUUUUUUUCUCCUUCUCUAGUAUUGUAUCCAGAAGUGAGCUGGAAUACAUUUUGAAUUGUCAUGAAUUACAUUUUUUAGAGGAAACAUUCAGCAAAUCUACUUUUUUAUGUUUUUCUUUCCUCAAUAAAAUAAAAGGACCAUCCUUUCCUAUAAGACGGAUUGGAUGUGCAUGCACAGCAGGUCUCCUGUGCUUCUCUAUGAGGAGAUUUGGACCAUCCUUGCUUUCCUAUAAGACGGAUUGGAUGCGCAUGCACAUCAGGUCUCCAGUGCUUCUCUAUGAGGAGAAUUGGACCAUCCUUUCCUAUAAGACGGAUUGGAUGCGCAUGCACAUCAGGUCUCCAGUGCUUCUCUAUGAGGAGAAUUGGACCAUCCUUUCCUAUAAGACGGAUUGGAUGCGCAUGCACAUCAGGUCUCCAGUGCUUCUCUAUGAGGAGAAUUGGACCAUCCUUUCCUAUAAGACGGAUUGGAUGCGCAUGCACAUCAGGUCUCCAGUGCUUCUCUAUGAGGAGAAUUGGACCAUCCUUUCCUAUAAGACGGAUUGGAUGCGCAUGCACAUCAGGUCUCCAGUGCUUCUCUAUGAGGAGAAUUGGACCAUCCUUUCCUAUAAGACGAAUUGGAUGUGCAUGCACAUCAGGUCUCCUGUCGAUAUAAUUUCACUUUCAAGUAUGAAAGUCAAUAAUAAUAUUAUUCACUAAAUUGACUGGGAAUUGGAAUGGUCAAUUUCAAAAUUUUGGUAAAAAUAGCAGAGCUGGAAGAUUUAUUUUUUAAUUUUUUUUAUUGUGAAUUUUGUCCUUUUUUUUCCUUUUUUGCCCCCUCCCCGCUCUGCCUGUAAGCUUGUUAAAUGUUUUAACUUAAUGCCAUAUUAAAUAUUGUUUUAAUGGAAGAUCACUGGGGAUGUUAGUAUUUUAAAAGUGCCAACAUAUUCCAUUUAGUCUCCUCUUCCCCUUGUGGCUUAGUUCAGUCUAGAAGCCAGAAGAUUUCUUACAUCCAACAGGAUAUAAAUCCAUCUCAAAACCUGUAAUGCAAUAUAGCAAUAGUACUGUUGAUUGAAAUAAUUGUGCCAUAUAUGCAGUGUUUUGUUUCUCUUCGAGUACCCAUAUGAAACAAUGGAAAUAUUUCCUUUGUAUAUAUCAAUCAAUUUAUUGUUAAAGGGGCACUCCAAGUACCGUAACCGUUACAGUAGUGGUUAUGGUUUCAGGAUCAUCCUAAAGGCCAUCCCUCAGUAGAGUCCAGGGGGUAGAUAACCUUCAGGACUCCAGAUGUUGUGGACAUCUUCUACCAUGGUGCUGUUAUAGCAUUGAUGCUAGGAAAACAUCAGGACAAUGUAGUCCAUAACAUCUGGAGUGCCAAAAGGUUGUCUACCACUUGUAUAGUCAAACUGUUUUAGCAUGUAGGUCUUACCGGGUCCCUGUGGUCGCAGUCCCUGCUUCCAGUUUUCACCUACAUGUAAAAUAUGGAUUCUUCUACAAAGCUAAGCAGAACUGUGCAGGACCAUGGUCAUUGACCAAGAGUUUCAGAUGAGUUCUCACAGUCAAUACUGUCCUUGAUAUGUUUUUGCGACUGUUUUUUGUGACUGAGACCCUGGUAAGUUGUCAAACUGUACUGAAACCGUUUGACUACCUAUGGAAAAGUGCCAGGCCACUGUUUGCAUCCAAACCACUACAGUCGGCUGUAGUGGUUAUGGUGCUAUGGAGUGUUGCAUUAAUAUUACAACAUAAUCAUUGUUCCAUGUUGGCUAAUAAGCUUGUACAGUUGUUCGGUUCAUUGAUUCAUCUUUUAAAGCAGCUCCGUUACUUAAUGUCCCCUACCCCCGUCUAUGGUGACUCUGGGAUCAGUUUUACUUACCAGAAACCUCUGCCUUGGCUCUCGUGGAGAGGACCUCCAGCAGUUUACUUGGAGCUGUAAAGAAGUGAUGAUGCAACGCUGCCGUAAGUAUUAACAGCAGUUAAUAAAAUACACGAAGCUUGACUCCAGCCUUUAAUGUUUGUCAACCUGCAGGUUAUACAUCAGGAAAAGUAGUAGGGAAAAGUAGUCCCUACUUUUCCUUACGUAUAAGUUUCAAAAUAAAUAAAUAAAAAGGCAGUGUUUACAUUUAAAAGCCUGCGGGGAGAGUGUCGGAGCUAGCGAUCAACUCAAGCAGACGUGUGAGCACUGAACUCUGGGAGAAAUCCGCUGAAAAAGCAUAAUACAAGCAGAAUUAGAAGUUCUGCUUACCUCCCACACUUGUCCAAACAUAACGGGACGCAAAUCAAGCAAUUACGAAGUGAGACAACGCUGACUAAAAAUAUCGGCGAUUUGUUCAGAAUAACUCGGUGGCCGAGGCCUACCAAGAUGACGACCCACACGGGAGGCAUCUUUCUACUCCUCAAAUGAAAACGAGGGUGAGACUGCUGUGGCACCUGCAAAUGGAGGCAUCACCCAGAAAGCGUGUACUCCACCUCCUGAACAGAUGCCGGCCAGCAAAGGGAUCCAGAGGAUGUGCAGGACCCUGAGAUCCCACACUACUUACGAAGACUGAUGGCCUCCUUCUCUUACCAGCUAAAGCAAAAUCUAUCCUGCUGGAGUACCACUUCCGAAUCCCUAAGCCUCCUAGAGCCCCAACUGAGGUCGCACGGGACUUGCUCAUAUGUUUCCAAUCUCUCCGGGACAAGAUGUUAGUGCAAGAAGCAGCCCAUGAAGCAACCACUUACAUGUUCGAGGGAUCUGACCUAUCUGACUGUAGUGUUCCUUUAAGCUGUUUUACAAUUCUGCUAGUUUGUUUAAUGUAUCUUCUUUUAUAGUUUGCUUAUAACUUGAUGUGAGUUGAUGACCUCCCAGAGGCUGCUGGUCUGUGUAAUCUGGGGCUGUCAAAAUGAAAUAGACUGUGGACUCAGCUUUGUCAUUCCCCAUCUCGUUCUCUGUACUGAGCAGAGGAUCUCUAAUUUGGGACGAAGGUUUGAGAUCAUCUAGCUCAGGGGUCAGCAACCUAUGGCACUUGUGCCAUGCACGGCACUCUAGGUGCUUUUAGACGGCACUCAAGGCUGCCAAAGCUAGACUGGCUCUGGCCCAUCAAGAGUCCUUAGUAAAAACUGAGUGGUUAGGGGAAAUCCUCAAUUUACACAUUUCAGCACUUAUAGGAAGUAACCUCAGAUCACUUUAUCCCAGUACUUGUGAAUGGGAAUCUGCACUGGAUUAGAGCAGCCCACAGAAGCUAUUGCAGCUCCUGCCCUUAACCUGUACCUGGUCAGCCCGGUCCCCACUGGACCGCAGGGAAGCCACCCACAGUGCUAGGUAUACACUGAACUUCCGAAUAAGUCUCCUCCUCAUACAAAUAAUACAAACAUCCCCCACACACAAACACAUCCUCACAACACCACUGACAAUCCACAUACAUGCACACAGCCCCACAAGCAGCCUGUCACAUACAGUACCCUAAGCAGCCCCACACAUACACACACCAAACACACAUUGUGACAUAUUACACAAGCAACCCCCAUACACAGCCCACUUUUACAGGGAUCACAUACAAUACCACAAACUACUCAUGAACGGAUACUUUACAAUAUAACAACUCACACAUGCACAAGUACAAUGCUACAAAGCAACUGCAGCACCAAUGAAUAACACAAGCAAAAUAUUGCAACAUAUUACACACGUCCAUAUUAAAACAGAGGAUCGGCACGCCGAGAGACUUCCUUUUUUGGCAUAGUACUACUGAAAGGUUGCCUAUCCCUGAUCUAGCUAGCUGAAUUGUUCUGCUACACUUAAAGGGACACUAUAGUCACCCAGACCACUUCAGCUGAAUGAAGUGGGCUGGGUGCCAGGUCCCUCAGGUUUUAACCCUUCAGAUGCAAACAUAGCAGUUUCACAGAAACUGCUAUGUUUACAUUUGGGGUUAAUCCAGCCUCUAGUGGCUGUCUUCCGGAUUUCGCCUCCAUCGCGCAGAGCGUCCAUAGGAAAGCAUUCAGAAAUAAUUUCCUAUUGACAGCUUGAAUGCAUGCGCGGCACUUGCUGUGCAUGUGCAUUCGGCUCCAGUGACGUCGGAUGAGGGAGCUGACGUCGGUGGGGGAGGAGAGGUCACCAGCGCCGAGAGAGCCCGGCGCUGGAUUAAGGUAAGUAACUGAAGGGGUUUUAACCCCUUCAGCGCCACGGGAGGGGGACCCUGAAGGUGGGGGCACCCUCAGGGCACUAUAGUUUUCCUAACACUAUAGUGAUCCUUUAACUAUUCCUCUGAAACAGAGUUUGACAGGUCAAAAAGAGACAAGAUUCCUUAAAAUGUUACUUUUGGUGUCUAAUACUUGCUGUAGUAAACUCUAAUCAACUUGUACCUAUCCCCUUUCUCUGAAAAUACAAAUGUUGGCUCCUAAAUUAGUCUGAUAAGUACAGGAGAAUGAAUAUAUGGCACAGCUGGACAAAAUCUGAAUGUGCAUGUGUGUUGAUAGUGUUUUCCCUCUUAGAUGCCAGAGACACGCACUUGUUAAAUUCCUGCAACGUGGAAGUGCAGUAGAAGUAUUUUUAUUUUAUUUUAUUAUGAUUAUUUUUAACUUGCCUGCACUUCAUUAUUAGCGUCUGUAAACCCUGCAAUAGCCUUUACUUGGGUGAAUAGCAAGGAACUGUCAAUUCUGAAAGUAACAGAUUCUCAUUGAUUUUGGCCUAAAAUUUUUAAUUAACUUUAAAUUCCUGACAGUUGAGUGAGGACUUUAUUGUGGUUUUGAAUCUGGGAACAUUAUUAUCAAACUAUCUGUAUCCUAUUAUAUCAACUUAGCCUGGUACCAUAGUGUUGAUGGUUAAAUUGGUUAAAUUUCUGUUCUGAAAUGGAUCUGGAGCAAGUAAUAGUUAUAUUGAUAAGUUACUUCAUUCUCUGGGCAAGUAAGUGCUUUACAAAGGCUUCAGUGGGUCAUUGAGAAACGUGUUCUAACAAAGUUUGGCAUUGUGCUUAUAUCUCCCUAACAGAAGGGGUUAAUAUCCCAAUCCUUUAUCAUUAAUAAUGCUGCUGGCUGCCAUUCAAGACUUCAUAUAUUAUACAAGUAUAAAGAGUGAAACUGCAGCGCACAGAUGGGAAAAACCCAAAUCAUGUGUUGAUUGCUGCUAAGGAGCAAUACUUAAUCAUUAAUGUACAGAAAAUAAAAAAAAGUUCUACCACAUGCCCAGUGCACAGAUUUUGUUUUUUUUUUUUUUAAACAUGAUUUAUAUCAUUUGGGUUAUUUUUAAAACCUGCACAUUACGUAAUCUGUGUCCUUGCUCAAGCUAGAUUAUGAUGAUGAAGUACCAUGGGUACACAGACUUGAUGGUCUUUUGCUGGUGUGAAAUCCUCAGUGAGGGUUCCGCAUCCAAAUUUUAUAGCUAGCUGGAAACUGCCACAGACAGCCUCCUGAGAGGCAUCAUAUUGUGUUGUAAAUGCACUAUUUUCAAAGAACUAAAACUUCAAUGAUUCUUUUCUGGCCACGAGGUUGGAAUGCUUUCAUAUAAUUUGUAGUUUUACAUCUUAGUAUGUCCCUUUAGAAAACCAGUUUUGUUUAGCUAGAGAGGAUGUAGCAAGUUUAUAAAGUGAAGUUACUCAUAAUAGAAUCUGCAACUGACUGGUCCUAGGUUUCACAAUUAAAUGAAUAAUAUAAAAUUGGCACCUUGAAAUUGAACUCCGCUAAGUCCGUGGACAGCGCUCUGAAUGGUCAGGAGCCACUAUUAUAAUUCUAUCCAUGUAAUAGGUAGGCUUAGUUCAUCUGAACACAAGCUUAAUGUGUAAUAGUAUUAUCUACCUUGUUUGUCUUUUUAUUUUUCUCUUAUUGCUUUGAAGGUUGAAAACGUCCGUUUACUUGACCGGAUAUCCUCCAGGAGAGCAGCCUUGGGAACAUUGUAUUUGACAGCAACCCACGUCAUCCUUGUAGAAAAUCUAUCAGAAGCACGUAAAGAGACCUGGGUAGGCUCAACUUUUAACACUUCUUAUUUAACAAACAGCCUGGAUGGUUUAGAGCAGGGGUUUCAAAGAACUGACCUGCAUUCCAGAUCUGACUCCACCUAAUUCUUCCCUAUGGCAUGAAUCCACCUGUUUUGUUUUGACAUGACUCCACGGUACACCACAUACUGAGAGGGAGAAUGGAAUGGAUAUAAGAUGUGUAUGUUUCUGUUGGUGUGGCAGUGUGUAACUCUGUGUGUGUUUACGCAAAAGUGUAGGUGCGUGUGUGCCUGAAAGUGUGUACAUGUGAGUAACUGUGCAACUGUGUAUGUGCAUGAGAGUGUUAAGUUGUGUGUGCAGAUGCACAUGAUUGCACAUAUGUUAGUAUGAAUCUGAGGUUCCCAGGGGAGAAAUCAUACUGGCUUGUGGCCCACAGUUAUGUUAACUUCAAGACCCCUGGUUUAGAGCAUUCUGUAUAACUCUGGUACGUAUAAAGCCUACGUGACUAACCUCUUGCUUACUGUCCUGCAGAUUGACAGUAUGUUGUGUGUCAUUAUGGCACAUGUGAGUGGGAUUUGUUUAUUUUCAAUGGUUUCCUUUAAGCAUUGUAACCACGACAACUCAUUGUAGUGGAUAUAGGGCACAGAGUGUUUGGCACUGUCUCUCUGUUAGCAGUGGUGUAUCCUGGUUUUGUGCUGCCCUAGGCAGGACAAAACUCAGGCGCCCCCCUGCCCCUGCACCACCCCCACCCAACCCUUCCCCCCGCCCCACCUUCUAAAUACACACACACAGUCAGACACAAACACACACACACACACAUACACAAACACACACACAUACACAAACACAGUCAGACACAAACACACACACACAUACACAGUCAGACACAAACACACACAUACACAAACACACACACUCACAAACACAGUCAGAUACAAACACACACACACUCACAAACACAGUCAGACACACACAGAGUCAGACACAAACACACACACUCACAAACACAGUCAGAUACAAACACACACACACUCACAAACACAGUCAGACACACACAGAGUCAGACACAAACACACACACACACUCACAAACACAGUCAGAUACAAACACACACACACUCACAAACACAGUCAGACACACACACAGUCAGACACAUACACAGACACAAACACAGUCAGACAAACACACACACAGUCAGACACACAGUCAGACACAAACACACACACUCACAAACACAGUCAGAUACACACAGAGUCAGACACAAACACACACACAGUCAGACACAUACACAGACACAUCACAAACAGUCAGACACAAACACACACACACAUACACAAACACAGUCAGACACACACAGAGUCAGACACAUACACAGUCAGACAGUCACACACACAGUCAGACACAAACACACAUUAACUUUUUUUUUAAUUUAAAUCCCCCCCCAACCUCCUUACCUUUGGGAGUGCUGGGGGGGGUCUCUCUCCCUGGUGGUCCAGUGGCUGCAGGUCGGGCUGGCAGGCGGGCGGCUGGCGAGGGAGCACUUCCUCUGAGCUGUCAGCUCAGCUCCCUCGCGCGCCGGCUGCAGAGUGAGGCUGGGAGCCGGGAUAUGACAUCAUCUUCCGGCUCCCAGUCUCACUUUGCGGUGCGCGAGGGAGCUGAGCAGUCAGCUCAGAGGAAGUGCUCCCUCGCCAGCCGCCCGCCUGCCAGCGCCGCCCGCCCGCUCGGGAUGUCUGUUAGCCGCAAGGCUAACAAGGCAUUUGCCCUGGGCAUUUGGGGGGCGGCGUUUUUUGCCGCCCCCUGAAAAAUGCCGCCCAAGGCAAAUGCCUUGUUUGCCUCGCGGCUAAUACGCCCCUGUCUGUUAGGAGUCAAGUUGUUUUCAUUCCUAAGCUAUUACUAUCCCUUUAAAGGGUGGAUAUAUAUUUUUUUGUUUUUCUUUUUUGGGGGUUUAGAUCCUUCACAGUCAAAUCUCAAGCAUUGAAAAGCAAGCAACAAUAGCUACUGGCUGUCCACUUCUCAUCCGCUGUAAGAACUUCCAAGUCAUCCAGCUGCUGAUUCCGCAGGAGAGAGACUGCCAUGACAUUUACGCAUCGUUGGUCCGACUCUCACGGCCAGGUACAGAAAUAAAGACAAUGAGUUCAUAAUUCAUUUCCAGUUCAUUCCCUGCUUGUGCUGUGCCUUCAUGAUGUCAAGUUGCAGAUAAGGAACAUAAGAACUAAAGAAACAAAAAUCAGACUGGGUCCUUGCAAUUUACUUUCUCCAAAAAAAAGUGUUUGAAAGUAACUCUCAAAGUCCACAAACACCACAACAGAAGAUGCACGGGCAAUAAAUAAAAUAGCCCACGCAUCAUCCUGUCCCCCAGUAAUAAAAAAAACAAAAACUUUCGGGGCCCUGGGACCAGUUCAGACACAUUGCCAUCACAACAUGUUAAUUGUAAAGCUCCAUUUGACAUUUCUAUCCCCUCCCAACGCUUCUAUGUCCUCUUGUCAUUGAUGGUAUAACAAAUUAUUGUGCCCUCAUUUUACUGACUUGGUCACUUGGUUUACUGACUAAGUCAGACAGGCUUAGGCUGUGCAGAGAAUUAGAGAGAAUACAUAAUCAAAUUAAAGCAGCCCUGUCUGAGCUUUUAUCUUUAUGAAAUACUGAAAACUGACAGAGUGGUAACACAGCCUUUUAAAGCAGGGGCUGAUGCUCAUUUCUUUGUGGCUCUGUCUUAGUGCUGUCUGCUCCUUUUAGGAUGACUUCUCUUGGGACGCAGGCACUCUGUGUAAUCCCCACCCCAUGGUGCAGUAAACCAGUGGGGACUUCUUAAUAGAGGUCAAAAAGUGUGUAUCAUAUACUCUCUUGAGGAGCAUCAGGCUCAGAUGGCCCUGGUCUCUGAAAUUCCUUCUUAAUGGAGACCUAGCAAAAAAACAAAAAAAACACAUGAUUAGUUGUUCUCACCAUAUCUCCAGCCAUCAAUCAGGGGGAGGGGGGCCUAUAAAAUGUGAAAAUGUCACACAGAGAUCUAGCUUUUACCAGAGUACACUUAUGCAAGCUCAUUGAGCAGGGCCUGUUCCUGUACGUCCAGUUGUCUGGUUAUAAUUACAUGUCUGUUAGUUCACCCAUUGUACAGCGCUAUGGAAUCUGAUGGCUAUAUAAAUAAUAAAAUAAUAAUAAUAAAGUACUUUAAUUACUUUAAUUUACCUUUUUGCUGUUUUUUGUUGUUAAAGGGACACUAUAGUCACCCAGACCACUUCAGCUCAAUGAAGUGGUCUGGGUGCCAGGUCCCUCAGGUUUUAACCAUUCAUAUGCAAACAUAGCAGUUUCAGAAAACUGCUAUGUUUGCAUUUGGGGUUAAUCCAGCCUCUAGUGGCUGUCUUUUCAAUGCAUCCAUCAUGCAGAGCGUCCAUAGGAAAGCAUUGAAAAAUGCUUUCCUAUGGACACGCAUGCGCAUUCGACUCCACUGACGUCGGACGGGGGAGCUGACGAUGGACGGGGAGGAGAGGUCACCAGCGCUGGAAUAAGAUAAGCUGCUGAAAGGGUUUUAACCCCUUCAUCGCCACGGGAGGGGGACCCUGAGGGUGGGGGCACCCUCAGGGCUCUAUAGUGUCAGGAAAACCGCUUUGUUUUCCUGACACUGUAGUGAUCCUUUAAGGGAAGAUCUAAUACUGUUAUUGGAUCUCUGCCAUUAUGCAGCCUGUUUGUGAUCCUUGAAUAAUAUGAAAACAAUACAUGUUUGAUUUAUACAUUUUUAUAUUGCUUGUGUUUUCCUUUUUUUCAGUAAAAUAUGAAGAGCUAUACUGCUUUUCAUUCAACCCAAAGCUGGAUAAAGAAGAACGAGAGGAAGGCUGGAAGCUAAUUGACUUAAACGAAGAGCAUAAUCGAAUGGGUCUUCCAAAAAGUCUGUGGCAGCUCAGUGAUGUCAACCGUGACUAUCGAGUGAGAGAUUACUCUUUAAUUAAAAAAUAAAAAAAGUUUAAAAUUCUAUUGUAAAAAAAAUAAAAAAUUCAUAUUAUAAGCAUAUCUCCUAGCCAUUAAAAAAAAUGUAAUCCUGCCACGUAUAAAAGACAUAUCCAUGCCUAAUGUACCAUAAGAAAUUGAGAAAUGUUUGCCUCCCUCACGACCUACCUUUUAAGACCUACCUUUUAAGACCUACCUUUUAAUACAAGCCUUCCAGGACAAACAUGCAUACAUUUCAUGGGACUAUAAAUAUUACUAAAGCGAUUCAAGUCCCGCCAGGUGAAAAUUGCUAUAUAGGUGGUUAUUGUUUAGCCAGCAUGGUGGUGUAAUCAGAUGCCAUCCAUGGAAUAAAAAUUAUCCAUUUUGAAAUGCCAUGUUGCUUUUAUCAGUUUCUAUUUGCCUAUGUCUCUAGUUUACCCCUUCACAAGAACCCCUCCCUCCUACUUAUUUCCUCUUUGUUUGCAAUGAAAUCCAUCUCACUGUACAUAUAAUUGGCAGAGCAGGCAUGCAUUGUGCAAUGCCUAAUAAUUAAGGGCACAGAUAGGGAUGGGGGGUAUGAUUUCAUCCAAGUUCGCAGGCUACUCUGUCAAGAUCUAGCCUAGCAUCCUGUAUCACCAUAUGCUGCUUUUCAUUUUUUCAUACCCUUUUUUUUUAUUUUCUUUAGGUAUGUGACUCGUAUCCUACAGAGCUAUAUGUACCAAAAUCUGCCACGGUGCCAAUAAUCGUAGGCAGCUCCAAAUUCCGCAGUCGAGGGCGUUUCCCUACUCUGUCGUACUACUGCCAAGAUAAUAACGUAUGUAAUCAUUGUCUGUAAUCAAGCCUAGCUCCAGAAUCCACUGUAUUUCAUGCUUUCAUUUCUGACUACUAAGUGCAGAUUGCAAGUCUCCCAAAAAAUGGGUACUGUUCAAAAAUGUCUGGGAAUUGAACCAAAAAAAAGAAAGAAAAUAAAAUAAAUAAAAAAAAGAUUCUCAGAUAUAAAAUAAAGCAAUAACUGUACAUACAAUUAAACAGAGUGGACAAUGUAUCUUAGCAAGUUAAAGUAUUAGCAAAUUGCUCUGCUGAUAUAAAUAUUUUUUUACAACCUUUACAGCAAAGGUCACUACAUGCCAUAUACUGUAUGUUUUCAUCUACAAUUAGGAAAUCAUCGGAAAUAUCAUUUGGAAAUAUGUUGAUAGAGCUUUAGGUCAGUGGUACAUUUUAAACUUCAGUUUGGGUUAAAGAGAGUAGUGAGUGUAUGAUGUGACACUGAGAUUUAAAAAAUAUACUACAGGCUAGCAUUGGGAACUCGUAUAAAUAUUGAUUGGAUAAGCUUUUUAAAUUAUUUAAUAUUUUUAAACAAACCUUUUAACCAAUGUUUUUAAAAUAUCAAAAAAUAUAUUAUAAAUCAAUAUAGCAAAAAGUAAAAAAAAAUGUAAAUAUGUUUCAUAAUAAUAAAUCAUUUUAAAAGUUUAUCCAAAAAUAUCUAAAAUGAUAACCGUAUCAACAAUAUUAAAUCAAGGCCUAUAUACUUCAAUAAUUCUGGUGAAGUUUGUCAUCAACCAAUGCAUGGCUCUUCUAAACAUACAAAAGAGCUUUCAUGGGCAUUCAACUGGACUGAUGCACCUUCUUCAAGGUUGCGACAUAUCACCAACAACAUACCAGGUAACAGGUACCUAGUGUUGGGUGGUAUGCUAUAAGUUUGCAAACACAUUCUGAGCUUUUAGAUUAUCAGAAUCUGACCUUAAAUCAAGUUGUUUUGUUCUUUUAAUUGUUCUCACUGUUAGGCCUCUAUCUGUCGGAGUAGUCAGCCCUUGUCAGGUUUCAGUGCUCGCUGUCUUGAAGAUGAACAGAUGCUGCAGGCCAUAAGAAAAGCAAACCCAGGAAGUGAAUUUCUUUAUGUAGUUGAUACUCGACCAAAAGUAAGUAGCAAUACGGCAGAAAGGAAAAAUCAAGUUAACUCGACCAGAGUUACAAAUAUGUUUUACUUAAAGGGACUUUCUAGUUACCAGAACAACUACAGCUUAAUGUACUAGUAAUUUUCAUGUAAACACUGUCUUUUCAGAGUGCCUAGGGACACCUCCAGUGGUAGUCACUCAGACGGCCACUAGAGGUGCUUCCUGGGUCAGUCUGGCAGUCUGGCACAAUAUGCAGCACUGUUUUUCAGCCUCUCCACACUCAUGAAAAUGCUGAACUUUCCCUAUAGAGAUGCAUUUAUUCAAUGCAUCUCUAUGAGUACAUGCUGAUUGGCCAGCAUAGCAUUUCCCUCCUUGGCUGAGAUCAUUAGAAUUGACAUUCUCAGCCAAUCCAAUGAUUUCCCAUGGGAAAACAUUGGAUUGGCUGUGCUUGUCAAUUCUAAUGUUCUCAGGCAAGGAGGCAGUUCAGGCGGGACCAGUGCCGGCAGACCCGCGAGGUGCUGGGAUAAAGGUAACUUUUCUAGUUAUUUAAGAGGGGCAAUGUUUUUAACACUAGUACAUUUUCUAGGUAUUUGAGAGGGGCAAUGUUUUUAACCCUAUUGGGUCAGGAAUACACGUUUGUGUUCCUGACCCUAUAGUGUUCUUUUAAGAGUCAUUUAUAUUACCAUUAUGAAUGGUAAAGUGUAUGCCAUUCCAAGGGAUACAUUAUUAUUGUUGUUUUUAUUAUUAUUAAAAUAUUUUUUGCAUUAGUAAUUUUUCCACACACAGGAAAACCAGAAAAAGAAAAUACAAAUAGAAAAAUUUUAUAAUAUGAGCCCUUGUAAAAAAAUUAAUAAAAUAUAUAUAUAUAUAUCAUUUUUAAAAUUCAACUUGAGUAAUUCACAGAAAAUAAACCACACUCUCUGCAUGAUCUGGCCUGCUUGCUUGACAGGCAGCCUGGCGUGCAUUUACACCAGGCUGACCAGCCAAAAUCCAGACUGGCCUGCCCUCUUUGGGCAGUGCAUGUGCCAUGAUUUGUGUCACUGACCCUUUUAUUUUUUUUUACGAUGCCCACCAAAUCUAAAGGGAGGAUGGGCUGGGUGCAGUGCUGUGCUGCCGUUGGACAUGUGACCCAGCAGGCAUGCAUGCUGUAACAAUCCGGCUUAGGUAUUUCAAAAACCUGAAUUAAAUAAAUGUGUUUUUAAAAUUUAAAAAAAUAAAAAAUAAAAAUAAAACAAUCUCUCUGCUUUCAAAUACAGAUGUUGAGUUUUGUGACAUUAAUAUUAGGGGGCCUGCUUGAGUGUUAAUGUUUUAAACAUUGAGAGUUAGGCAUCCCUUCCUGUUCAAAAUGUUUUAAUUGUGUCAAAGAAACGCUUUACAUUGUGGGGAAAUGAUUUGGAUAAUUAAGGGGUUUGUUUGUAUUUUUCAUUCGGGGGUUUAAUUUAUCUUUACAUUGAUUUCUAUUGAGGAAAAAUAAGUGCAUAUCAGAAUUCCAUUGGGUCAUUUUCAUAACCAAUGAAUCUCAAAUUAAUCCUGUGGUCCAUAUGGUGUGUUUCUCUAUGAGCUGUCUGACUGUCUUAAAAGAGAGAGACAUCCAAUGUGAUCAGAAGGAAAUGCCAUUUUAGGAAACCUCAUUGUAGCCCCUGAAGGACACUCCCAUCGUUAUCCCAGUGUUGCCAGUGAUUAUGCCACAGAUUUUGGCCUAUGUCUGUGUCCAGUGACAACGCUUUUACUAGGGAGGCUAGAAAUACUCUCCUUUGAUAUAAAUUUGUGUGGUGUUCUUUGUCUUUUACAGGAAGUUAAAGCUUUUAGAAAACUAUAAAGAUGUUAAGAAGUUCAUAACAUGUACAGAAAUAAGUGCCAUUGCAUUGUUCCUAAAUAGCUAAAUGUUGUUUGAAUUCUGCUUGUUUAGACAUGUAAUUAGAUGUGCAAGGCUGCCACCCAGGGGACACAAUGGAGCAUGCAUAGUUAUUUCAAUAUGUACAAUAAAAAAAAAAUAAAAAAAUUUAAAUGUAUGUAUGUGUACUUAGAGCUUGAUGUCUGCGCUAAAUUGAUUUAAAAAAUAGACAUGUGUAAAGUUAAUGUUUCAUGUCUCUGUUUUGAAGCUCAAUGCAAUGGCAAAUCGAGCAGCUGGGAAAGGUUAUGAAAAUGAGGAUAACUACUCUGACAUCAAAUUCCAGUUUAUUGGCAUAGAAAACAUCCAUGUGAUGAGGAACAGCCUGCAGAAGAUGCUGGAAGGUAAACCCUGUGUUUUUGUGAAAUCUGUAAAAUGAUUAACGUAUAAUGUUUCUCUUUUCAGCUAUGUAACUAUGUAUAGUAUGCCACUUUAACAGGUUUAAAUCAGAACUCACACACACCAACUGUUUUUGCACAAAUUUAUUAAAGCUCGAUAAAAUAUAAUUACAGUUUGUGUUAUUUUUUUUAUUUUCUUUUUCUUUUUUCUUUUUUAAUUAGCGACUGCUAAGUUUUCCUGGUACAGCCACAACAUGCCGUUAAAAACGAACUAACCAAUACCUUUCAUAUGGGUGCAUGCUGGCAUAUGUUAUUAUUGAAGGAGUUGCCAAAUGCACAUGUGCUUGUAUGGGAUAUAUCUGCAGCUGCCCGAGCAUCAUGUGACCAUGAUGUUGCUGUGGACAUAGGAGUGCUGUAAAGAUACGUGUUUUAUACUUACCUCUGUUAUACCACUCACCCUAUUAAAAGCUUCUUUAGGGACACCGUGCUGCUAGCUUCCAUACUUCAAGACUCUUGUCUUAAAGUAAUAUGUGGUGGGUGAGUAAUAACUCUAAUCGCCCAGAGGCCUUUGUUUCUUGAUUGGAAGGGAUGGGAUAUGAUGCUGUCUCGGUGUUGAAAGCCUCUUUUCCAUAAUGAAGAAUAAACAUAUACCGUUAGGAAACGUCUCUUCAUUGGCAUCUUUUUCAAACAAUCUGAAUCUGUUAACUAUGCAGUUUAACAUUUAAAAGGAAUACUAUAGGGUCAGGAACACAUAUACUUGUAUUCCUGACCCUAUAGUGCAAAACCCACCAUUAAGGUAGCUUGCCUCCCAGUCAGCCCUGUUAAAAGCAUGAAAAAAAUCACCUUAUUUCCAGCGCCAUGCAGGUUCGCCAGCACUUGCCAUCAGAAUUGCCAAUUUUUAGCCAAUCCAAUGCUUAUCAUGUUUUGGCCAAUCAGCACCUCCUUAUAGAGAUGCAUUGAAUCAAUGCAUCUUUAUGAGGAAAAUUCAGCGUCCCCAUGCAGAGCGUGGGGACGCAGAAUAGCAGAGCUGCCUACUGUGCAGCACUGAGCCAGGAAGCACCUCCAGUGGCUGUCUGAGGAGUGGCCACUUGGUGGUGUCCUUAGGGGCAAUGUAAAUGCCUGCAUAUAAUGAUUAUACUCACCAGAACAACUACAUUAAGCUGUCUCUGUAACACCUUAAAGGGAUCCUAUUGUGCCAGGAAAACAAACCCGUUUUCCUGGCACUAUAGGCUCUCGGAGUGUCCCCCUUCCUCAGGGCCCCCCUCUCUCUGCACUGAAGGGGUUAAAACCCCUUUGGCCACUUACCUUAAUCCAGCGCUGAGCUCCCUCGGCGCUUGUGACCUCUCCUCCCCCGCCGAUGUCAGAUCCUAAGUGAAGCCAAAUGCACAGGCACAGCCAGAAGCGCACGCGCAUUCAAAACCGCCCUUAGAAAAGCAUUACUCAGUGCUUUCCUAUGGGGAUCUUAUUUGAUACUGGACUCAGUAAGGACGUCCAGCGUCAAAUAAGUGCGAUUUACUCAGUGUAAAUUGCGGAAGCGCCUCUAGUGGUUGUCAGGGAGACAGCCACUAGAGGCUGGAUUAACCAUGCAGUGUAAGCAUAACUGCUAUGUUUACACUGCAGGGUUAAAACUAAGGGGAUCUGGCACCCAGACCACUUCAUUGAGCUAAAGUAGUCUGGGUGCCUAUAUAGUGGUCCUUUAAUUGAGAUGAAGUUGUUAUGGGGUGGGAGAGUUCCCUUAAGUGGAAGUUCUCCUCCCAUUUUAGCAAUAUACAUUUUCUCCAAGUUCCAAAGGGCUUUGUUGGCUGGGGAGUGACUGACACUCCGUUAAUGAAUCCCAUUCAAAGCCUGACAGAAUUCACAUUGCUAAGCAAAAGUAAGAACGUUUGCUAUGUAGCAAUGUCUGAAAAUGCAAUGUGUUCGAUCACUGCAUGUAUACAGUGUGUUGUCUGUAUUGCACAGUGCUACAGAUUAUGGUGUCUCACACACACACACACUCUCUCUCUCUCUCAAGCAUAUUUUCAGCAUUUGGGAGGACAUUUGAUAUUGAUAACACAAGGUAAUGUGAUAUUAGAAGAAGUGGAACAUGUUUGUGGAGAGCUAAAUUUAUACCUAGUGCGUCAAUAACCUUUUGGCUUUUGUAGGAUGUACUGGUCAGAGCCGCUCACUUUACUAUUGCACAUCAAGUUCAAUGCAGUUUUAUUGUGAUAAAGAAUAGACAUGCACUCUGCAAGGACCAUAACUAUAAAGAGUAAAUUCAAUCUAUUACCUGUUUUCCUGUUUCUGUUAUUAAGCAUAUAUAUAUAUAUAUAUAUAUAUAUAUAUAUAUAUAUUUUUUUUUUUUAUCAGAAAGGUGUCUGGCUCGUGUUUUUACAAGCAAUGUAUAGGAAUUAAAAAAUUAUAAAAAGGCAAAAAAGGGGUGCUGAGGAAAGCACUUUAUUUCUAAGUCAAUCUUCCUGAAGGACCAGAGUUGUUCCAUGUUUUUUUAUAACCUAAGUACCCUAGUCCUUUCAAGAAAUGGCUUAAACUAUUACUUAUUACUAAACUAUGCAUAGUUUUGACUGCUUUUUGUGAAUUAUCAAGGAAAUCCUAGUAUUUUAUUAUGAUUGUCCUGAAGAGAGGUCGACACACAGUGUGCUUUUCCGAUGUUAUAAUUUUGAUCUUAAUGUAUCUUUCUGAAGUCUUAAGACCUCCUACUACUCUUAGCAGGAAGUUAUUUUUUCCAAGAAUACUUGGGGAAAUGUUUUAUUUACCACUUCACAAUUAGGCAUUGUGAUACAUUUAUUCCUAGAAAAAUGUUGGGUUGUGAACUGCUAACAUGUAGGACUAUUAUGUAAAGCUUGGCAAGCUUAACACAGUGUCCCCUUAGAAAUAUCCUAAAGAUAAUAUACAAUAAUAGUUCUUGAACCUAUGUAAUGUAUUGCUUCAAACUUCCUGUUUCCUGACCAUCUGUGGCCAAGACUGUGUUUGAAGACGACAUUGAGGAAUUAUUUGAAUGCUUCAAAGUUGCAUAAUAUAGAAGGACAAAUGUUUAAAUUGUACACUUUGGUAGUCAGGUCAUGAGUGAGGAUAUAAAUCAAAGAAACAUUGAGUGACCUGAAGGGACCUGGCUGCUGGACAGUCACCUGGCACUCAGUGCCUGCACUAAGGUUGGCCACCUUACGUUGCAGAUUAAAUAGUUGCAGAGGGGCUUGCUGCUUGUUGAAAUCCAGUCUAGAUAAUAUAUAGGAUAAAUGGAUAGACUUCCUCUGAAUGGGAAUAGAAUGUAUAGACCAUGAUAAUAGGUAUCCUCUGGGUGUGGACCAAGAGCUUUAAAGAAAUAUAUGGCUGUGAGUAGGGGCCAACUCUCUUUUUAUUAUUAUGGCAUUUAUAUAGAGCCAACAAAUUCAGAAGCGCUUUACAGUAUUAUAGGAGGGAUAGAUUUAACAAUAAAUUAGACAUUUACAAAAACAUACAGGAACAAUAGGUUGAAAAUGACCCUGCUCAAACAAGCUCACGGUCUAGAGGAGUUGGGGUAUAAAACACAAUAGGACAGGAGAUAGCAAUCAAACAAAGUGGGAGUGUAGCAGAGCUGGAGGAGAGAGUGGAGUGCUGCCCUUUAGAAGAGAGCAAGAGACAAGUAUGAGAGGUACAGGUUACUCUAGGAGGCCAUAAGCUUUCCUGAAGAGAUUGGUUUUAAGGCAUUUUUUAAAUGAUUGAAAACUAGGGGAGAGUCUGAUUGUGGUAGACAGGCAGGCAGGCUACUGUACAGUCUAGAGGAGGUGGGAUAUAAAACACAAUAGGACAGGAGAUAGCAAUCAAACAAGGUGUGAGUGAGGGAGAGCUGGAGGAGACAGGGUAGAGUGCUGCUCUUUAGGAGAGAGCAAGGGACCAAGUAUGUGAGGUAGAGGUUACUCUGGGAGGCCAUAAGCUUUCCUUAAGAGAUUAAUUUUAAGGCACUUUUCAAACUAGGGGAGAGUCUGAGGGUGGUAGGCAGGCUAUUCCAAAGGAAGGUUGCCGCCUGCUAGAAGUCCUGAAGCGUGAGGCCAGAGUCAAGUAUAAUGCCAAGACAGCGUGCUUGCAAGGAUGGGCUAAUGUGUGUGCCACUAACUUGAAAGGAGAGUGAAGGAGAAGGAUCAGUAUUAGGAGGAGGGAAAACAAAGAGCUCAGUUUUAGAGAGAUUGAGUUUCAGAAAGGGGGAGGACAUCCAGUCAGAGAUGGAAGAAAGGCAAUUGGUGACAUGUUGUAGGACAGCAGGGUAGAUGUCAGGGGAGGAGAGAUAUAUCUAGGUGUCAUCAGUGUACAGGUGGUAGCAGAAUCCAAUAGUUUUCCAGAGAUGCUAGCUCAGCAUAAGGCUUUGAGCUGCAAGACUUGGUAGCUUUGAGUCCUGGGAGGAACCAUAUAUGUUCAGCUGUUGGGGCUCAGACUAAAAUAGAAAGUCUGGGUUUAGAUAAAAACAAACAGCGAUUUUGGGUGGAGAGAGACAUGUAGAUAUUAAAGUGAGAAAGGGAAAUUAAGGGAAGAAAGCAGAGGAGAGGACAUUUGAGAUUUAAGUUGGCAUGGUAGAAAUCACAUAGGUAAUAAAUGUUGAACAUGAAUUAACAAGUGCUAUGAGUGCAAUAAAUAACACUAACAAAAAUAAACAUUUAACAAAAAUGAAUUACAAGAUAAGAUGAAUAAUAUUAUGAAGGAACAUUUAUACAUCUGUGCAUUAAGGACACAGGGAAUGACAUGACGUCACUGGUGGCCAAUAAUUGGAUGAUUAGCAGAUGGUAGGUAGGAAUACAAGUAUCUGGUUGCUUCUUUUAAUUCUGAUGAUGUUUUAGCUAUUCACUAAGCUGCCCAAAUGGAAGAGGGAAAUGUGGUCUUAAAGCCCUGUGGGGGGUUUCAUGAUUACAUUGUAAGUAUUACUUUUUUGUUUGUUUAAUUAUCGACCCAUAUUAAUUAUCGACAAACUGUUCAACCGAUCAGUGAUGUUGUGGUCCAUCUGCGGGGUGGCUUGAUCACAUUGCGUAAAAGCCUAUUGUGGUACUCUUCUCUUGUCCCCAGAUGCUUAGGUGUCGAAUUUUAAGCAAGUGGGUCUGGGUGAUCAGCUGGUCUGGUCCCGUGAGAUCCUGGGUUUUCUUGAAACUUUUAACUCUUGAUCCCUUGCAAAGCUUUUUGUAUAUACAUUUGUUGAACUUUACGAGUCCCCUAUUUCUUUUUUGUUUUUGUUUUCUUUGUCCCCUUCAUUUCCUAUCCAUUUCGGUUGUUCACCAGGCACAAAGCUUUCCCCCAAAUACUUUCCUACAUUAGUGAAAUAGUGCAUUGAUUCUACUUGAUCCGCCCUAGUCACGGUUUGAGCUGUCAAUGGCAUUCGUCCCAGCCCUUUAUCUCAAUUAAUACAAAAGGCCUAAAUAUACAGGAAAAGAGGUCACAGACACUGUGAUAUUUUAAAGCCCAGAUGGCACAGAUCAUCUACACCCAAGAAAUGUAUUUUCAAGAAAACAGAAUUUUUCUGCUUCUCAGUGGCAGACGGUGCAUAAUUUGGCGCAGCACUGCUCACUCUAAAGUGGGGUCCAGGAAACGGCAUAUGAGUUACUUACCUUCUGGUACAGAACACCGCAAUUGAUGCAGGCUAUUGAGAGUUCAACCAUGCACAUCCCAUCAUACAACCUUUUUUGGAAGCUGAUACACUAAUCAUAACCCGUUUUUGUAAUAACCUGUUCCAUUUUCUGCCAGCCCUAUUUCUCCUCCACCAAACUAUUAUAAUAUUCAGAGCACUCUGAUAGCCAAGUCUCGAGAGAAGUGAGAAUUGGUUGUUGGAGCGUUCUUAUUGGUUGGCUUUCCAGCCUAGCAAUCUUACUCAUAUUGCAAUGUGUGAGGAAAUUACAUGUCCACCCCCUUAUUUAAUUAAUCAGAGCCCUCACCCAAUACCCACGGGUGGGGCUGAGGGGGACACUAGGCCUUCCCCUCUGAAUAUUAUAAUGGAGGCUACCACCUGCUGCUUAUGAGUGGGAGUUGGUUGGAGGGGACUCUAGGUCCUCUAACUUGAAUAGUCAGCGGCUGGGGGCAGAGGUAUAUAAGCAUGCACCCUGUUUAUUGGCUACGGUUGGGUACAUGGAGGUGGACCGUGAUCUGUCCACCUACUAUUUGACCAACUGACCAAAUUGAUAUAUAGGGCCUUAUUUACCUCCAUAUAUGGUUUUCAUUUAUUUAAGUCUGACUUAUUGUGAAAACAUUUUUUUUAACCCUCAUGCAGCCAAGGUGUUAUGUUUUUUUUUUAACUAUUUGUCCUCUGGCAGCGAUAAAUAGUUGUGAUUUUUAAAUUUUUUUUAUCUGAGCCAUAAUAUGCAGGUUUGGAUUUCAGCCAUCUGACGGCAUUCGGUUUGGCUGAAAUUCAGGCUACUUCAGGACCUGAUUUGCACAAUCCAGAUUAUGGUAAUGACAUGAACAAUGUCCGGAUUUUGGCGUCUGAAUUGCCCGGUAUGCAGCUGACUGGUUUUGCCUCAUCCGGUACAGGGCCAUUCCUACAUUAGUGAAUAACACCGUAGAAUACCAAAAUCCGACAUGAUUAAAAAGUAAAACUAUGGAAAAUUAAUAAUUAUUUCCUGUUUUUUGUUUUUUUUAUUGUGACUGCUAGAUAGUUUUGUUUGAGAGUUUCUUUGCCAUUUCUGGAAGUGAUUACAUGCCAAAGUUUAUAAUACCUUUGUUAAAUCUUGAUUAUGUUUUGUUUUUAAUAUCUCUUGCAGUUUGUGAACUUCGAUCCCCUUCCAUGGGAGACUUUCUCUGGGGUUUAGAGUCUUCUGGAUGGUUAAAGCAUAUCAAAUGUAUUCUGGAUGCUGGGAUCUUCAUUGCUAAGGUAUGAUUUGGUAAAUUGUAAUGCAUAAUGGAAGCUUGUUUAAAAAAUUUGGAUUAAUGUUUUUUUUUUGGCAAUCCUGCUUGUUAAGCACCCAUCAGUCACAAAAAAAUAGAAAUGCUAUGCAAAGAAAAAAACAUUAAUAGUCACAGCCUAGUGAUAAAAUCUGCUCUGUAAUAAGAGCAAAAAUAAUAUUUUUAAGUCCAACACCCUGACUGCGAAUAAAUAGCUAUAGCUAUAGCACUAAAUUUAGCCUAUCUGAUCUGCAACAGUGAAUGACGCAAAAAAUAAAGAAAUCAUUAAAAAAAAAUACAUUAAAGAAAACAUUAAAUUAACAGAUACAAAUACACUAAAAAUGCAAUAUCCCUUCUAAUUUAUUCCUUUUUAGAAAUUGUAGUUGACUCUCGAACUCUCAGCAUUUGUCCCACUGAUGAACAAUGAUUCUGGUAUAAGGAUUUUAACUGGCAUGGUUAACACAGAGCCAGUAAUUGGGAACAUAGUGGGGCGUUAGUGAAAUCCUGUGAUUUAUAUGACCGCUAUGCUCUAGGUCCAUAAAGUUCAAAGUUUCUUGUUUCCCUGUUGUAGUAGGGCAUGUAAUAGAACAUGAUGGAUUAUAUUUUUCAUGGGCAAGGUAAAUAGAUGCUUGUAUCAUUUUCUUUUUGGCUUAUGUUUUACAAACGAUGUCUACCAUUCUCUAAGGCUGUUUCAGAGGAAGGUGCCAGUGUUCUUGUUCACUGUUCAGAUGGAUGGGACCGAACAUCCCAGGUCUGCUCGUUAGCAAGUCUUCUUCUUGAUCCUUAUUACAGAACUAUAAAAGGAUUCAUGGUGAGUAUUUAGUUUAUCGUGCAUUGCUUGGUUUAACCUUAUAACACUCAUGUCACAGCAUAUGUUGCAUGCAAUAAGCUGAUUUCUAAACCGUUUUUUAUUGUAGUUGAAAGAUAGAUUACUUUGAGUGUUAUUGCUGUAGAGCUCUGUUACACACUGAUUCAAUAUUGCACAUUUAUUACAUAUUUUUAUAAUGUCAGUGUUCCUAACAUGGAAAACAAAUCUAAUAAAGCAGCAUUGCUUCUAUACUGCAAUAUUUUGAAUAAUAUAUAAUGCUUAUUUCACUUAUUUAACAGGUUUUAAUUGAAAAAGACUGGAUUUCAUUUGGUCACAAAUUUAAUCACAGGUAACUUUGAGAAAGGCUGAGUGUUUCUUAUCUGAUAAAAAGAACUAUUAGUCACUUGGAUAUCAUCAUACAAAUACUUAAAAAUGGAUGUGUGUGGGAGGGGGGUAGAGAUAAUUUUUUUAACAAUAUAUAAUGGAAAGCCAUGUUCCUACUGGUUUUGAUUUGACUAUUGGGUAUAUAUUCUCCCAGAAAGACUCUAAAAACUUCUGUUUUUCAAUGUCAUUGAGACUAAACGGAAAACAACUUUAUUUUUCUGUUGGUGAAAAAGCAGCGUCAAAUAGGGCUUGUAAUUGUCAUUACAGAUAUGGCCAUUUGGACGGGGACUCGAAGGAAGUAUCUCCAGUAAUCGACCAGUUUAUUGAGUGCGUCUGGCAGCUUAUGGAACAGUUCCCAUGUGCUUUUGAGUUUAACGAAAGGUUCCUGGUUCACAUUCACCAUCAUGUCUACUCCUGCCAGUACGGUAACUUCCUAUGCAACUGCCAGAAAGAGAGGAGGGAAAUUAGGUAAGAGUGCGCUGCAUCUGAUGCUUCAACAUUUUAAGGCUUAUUCGUCAAACGACGACUUGCAAUGAAUUGUGAACCAAAUUGCAAAAUUUAGCUAUAGGGCAACUUAAUAAUUCCUUUCUGGCACUUUCUAAUUAAACAUGGCAGUAAAACGGAAUAUGCGCUAGUAGCAAUAGUAUAAAAUAAAGGGGUUGUAAGUGAGCCCCUUGAUGUUAUUACUUGACUAUAUUACAUUUUGAUCUGGAUUGGUGUCAGCUGCCACCUUGACAUUCAGCAAUACCUCAAUUUAUGAAUCUGUUCGCCAGCUCUCUCCACAUUCCCAUCUAGAAGACCACCAAUGGAAAUAAAAUAAAUCUAAAUUUUAUUCAGGAGUCAACAUUAAAAUACAAAACAUAUGGGGGAUAGCAAGGCACUGAACACAUUUCAUUCCAACGUGGCUCCAUACAAGAGGGCGGUGGACAGAUUCUGAUGCAGUAAAAACAUGGCAAGUAAACAAAGUAAAAGUAAAACAAAGCAGUCAGAACCACAUAUUGUUGAGUUAAUGUUGUUAUUUAUUUAUAAUGAUUUACGUAGGCCAUACAUUUGUGAUAUAGCUAACUAGGCUUUGAGUGUUUUAAAUAGAUGGUAGAAUUUACACAUGAACAUUGUCAUACAGUUUAGUGGUGAUGACAAAGCAGUUGAGGAUAAUUUGUGCAAUUACCUGGUUUUUAUCUGUUACAUCUCACAUUGACCUUAAUUUGUCUAUUCAGUGUGAUUGGUGGAGUCAGGGCCGCCAUCAGAAAUUUUGGGGCCCCUAACACAGCUCAAGGUCUGGGCCCCCAGGUGCCCACCUUCAAAUCCCACCACAGGAAUACACAGACACAGACACAAAAGGACACAGACACACACACAGAAAGAUACACACAUACUAACAGACACAAAUACUGAAACAGACAUACACACAUACAGGCAUACUGACACACACAUAUACAGACACACAUACAUGCAUAAGGAGAUACAGAUACACACACACAUACAUACUGACAUACAGACACACACACACACACACACACACUGACGUACAUACAUACUCACAUACUGAUACACACAUACUGACAGACAUACAGACAUACAAACUGACAUACAGACAUACAUACACACACAUAAAUACAUACUGAUAUACAUACAUACAGAUAGAUAUAUACAUAAAUACAGACAUACAUAUUGACAUACAUACAUACACAGACAGCCAUACAUACAUACACACAAACACAGACAGACAGCCAUAUAUACAUACUGACAUACAUACACACACAGACAUACACACAGACUGACAUACAUACACACACACACAGACAGACAUACAUACAUACUGACAUACACACAGACAAACAUACACAGACAGACAGACAUUCAUACAUACAUACACACAUACAUACAGACAUAGAUACAUACAUACAUAUAUACACACACAGACAUAUCGGUACAUACAUACAUACUGAUAAUGCUACAGGAAAGAAAUAAACUAAGCACCACAUUUCCUUUGGGGAUCUCUGCUUGAUUGAUAACUGAAUUAGUUCCCUCUUGCCUUAUAUGAGUUUUACAUAUUGCAAGGCAGCACUUUUCACUUGCUUCUCAACAGUACGAAUACAUGUUAUGUGUUUUCUGAAAGCCUUAUUCGUGGGCAAACGAAGACGAACGCCCUGCUAGGGGUGCGAGGCCCAAUUAGAAUCUGAAUUAGUCCAGUAUUUCAAUAAUAGACGGUUUACACUGUGAUGUGCAGGCUGUAAAUUAAACCCCCAUCUCUAUAUAUAGAUACACAAUGAAUACCCUCAGUACCCCACAAUAUACCCCCAAAUCAAACAGUCACAUUAUUAAAUGUAAACACAUCUAAUCUCAUUUGUAGGACAUGGAGACUGGCACAUUAAUAUCAUCAUUAAUAAUCUCAUGCAGCUCGGCACUACAGGGGUCUGUUAAUAAUGCAUGGCCGUUUAUCGCUUGUCGAUAUUUAAAUGAACAUUUUCAGCUAAAUAGAGUUUAUUGGGGUGUAUGUGGCUCUAAAUAUUGGUCCUGUGGACAUCACUGCGGAUAUAUAGGUGAAGAGGAAAGAAAUGGAUUUUAAAUGCUUACUUCUUUACUUUGUUUGUGACAAACCAUUUAUUCGGAAUAGUACAGCACCAUCAUUAACGCGGCGGCGGUUUCCAAUCUUCUUCACACUGAUGCUCUGCACAUGACACAUACAUACAUACACAAACAGACAGACAUACAUGCAGACACAUACACACCUCAUUUUUCAGCUACCCUCCUCUUCCUUACCUUUUCAUUGCAGGAGGGUGGCUGGGGAUGAUGGGAGUGGAUGUGAUGCCUCUCCUCUCCUCGGCAGUCUCUCUACCCCCACGCGGAGAAAACUGGGAGAAGGUGAGCGGCCGUCACUUCCUCCCAGUAACCCUUGCGGUGCAGCCGCAAUUUUUUUUAAAGGGGCCCUGUCGCGCUAUUAAACGGCUGCAGCGCUGACCGGGCCCCUGAAGAUAUAGGGCCCAUCAGGUGGCCCUAAAUGCUUGGGCCACCUGAUGGGCCCCGGUGCAGAUGUACCUGCGGCAAUUUCGCCGCUCCACGUGGGGGCCGUGCCCACCCAGGGCUGCCGGACCCGUGACAACCGUCAUGGUUGUCACCCCCUGAUGGCGGCCCUGGGUGGAGUUGUUUGUAAACUGUUUAACACCUGUAUCAGAAACACAUAAACCUUUAGAAUAGACUGGUUUGGUAGCCCUGCCAGCAGUACAUGAAUUUAGGAUUAGCCAAUUCAUUUUUUGUGUCAACUGACAUUAAACGCAAUGUUGGUUCUUAACCAUUCAACGAUUGUGUCUUGACAUCAUUCACAAUGCCGUGUUGUUUAGUGAGUCUGUGUGCUUGGUUUCAGAAGUGGCAACAUAGAAAGGUUAUUCUGUAUAUCAGAAGAGAAGAUUAUAUUGAAUAAAAGAUAUGGGUAAACUUGCAACAAGCAAGACCACACACACAGCAUGUCAAGUGCAAAAUGUUUGGUUAAUGAACUGUGGAUGAUUGAGCAUAAUAUUCAGUAAUUAGCCUUUAUUACUGUAAUUGAAAAGCUCCCUUAUUAAAAUAAAGUCUAAUCCUCAUUUAGAAAGCAACUUUAAUCUAAUUAGUGCAGGGCAUGUUGGUGUUUAAAUUAUCUAUUGAAUUCAUAAUGUAAUUAUUUGUAUAACUCCUUCUAAUGCACCAGCAUGUAUCUGCAAAUAAUUAAUAUUAUACAGAGAAAUUACAGUGUACAGUAGCAACACUAGGAAAUGUUACCAGUCUAGUUUUAGAUACAAGAAUAAAUGUUUAGAAACAUAAUUCUGAUAGUGACAUACUGUAUAUGAACAUUCUAUUUUACCAUUCAAUGCAAAUGUUUUCUUCUACGUUCUGUUUGUUUGUCUGUGUUCCAUGUCUUAGAAUUCAAGAGAGAACGUACUCGCUUUGGUCUUAUUUGUGGAAGCAGCGUUCUGACUAUAUGAAUCCACUGUACAGACAGGAUCACAGCCAGACGCAAGGAGUGCUAAGACCUGACACAUCGCCGUGUAAUUUCAAGUAAGUGGCUGGUCACUUCUGUCAUGGUAUUCGAUCACUUCUGCAGACUAAAAGAGAGAAAAUAUUACCUAUGUAUGUUUCAUCCAGCAUAUAAAAAAAUGCUAGUUAAAAAGAGCAACUAAUGAAUGUCUGAUGUUCACGCUACAGAAAUUAUACCCUAUAAUGAUGCAGUGGAGCUGAGGUUUAAAGGGGCAUCUAAGUAACAUAAGUACUAGAGCUCAGUGUAGGGUUUGCACUGCUAUUAGUCUAUGUGUGUCAUCCUUUGGUGGUUUUUAUUUAUUGUCAGACUGUUUGGGAGCAGUUUAAAAAAAAAAAAUGUCUCUCCCUGAGGCACUGAAUUCAGGUAAGUGACUGAAGGGGUUUUAACCAGUUCAGCACCGCAGGUUUGUUUUCCUGGCACUAUAUAAUCCCUUUAACCCCUUAAGGACCAAACUUCUGGAAUAAAAGAGAAUCAUGACAUGUCACACAUGUCAUGUGUCCUCAAGGGGUUAAGUAACAAAUUUACUUAAUCAUCUUAGGUGAGAAUUAUUUACAGGUUUUUAGUUAAUGUAAGAUCAAAGAACAAAAUUGCACUAUCCUCUGCAUGCAAGCACGCCUAUAGUGGAAAAUAUUCCUGAAAUGUGGACUCAACAGAAUGGGACUACUGCCCAUACUGCCACAAUUGAGCUCCUGAGACAACUGUCCGAUGAGCAGAUACUUUCAAUAAAUAUCCUGAUUAAUUGGUCAGCGUGUUUGCCCGACCUUUCAGCUCCAGAUUAUUUCCUGUGGAGAUAUCUGAAGGAGCAGAUAUAUGUGAACAAACCGCGGACACUUGAGCAGCUAGAGGAGAAAAUCCGUGCGGAAAUUUGAGCGCUCGAGCCUUAAACAUUAACUAAUUUUAUGAACAAUGCAAUGGAAAGAAUUCACAAAAUAGAAGUAGUGCAGCACACAAGCAAUAUGUGCAAUGCAGCUCUGUGGAGUGGGGUUCGGCCACCCACCAGGAACAACAAAAGUAGACGUCCACAGGCGUCAAAACGUAGGAUGAAAGCAACAAUUAUUUAUUCUGGAUCAAAGAACAAAAAUAAAAUACAUAACACUGGUGAGACCUCACUUGGAGUAUUGUACACAGUACUGGAGACCGUAUCUUCAGAAGGAUAUUGAUACCUUAGAGAGGGUUCAGAGAAGGGCUACUAAACUGGUUCAUGGAUUGCGGGAUAAAACUUACCAGGAAAGGUUAAAUGAUCUUAACUUGUAUAGCUUGGAGGAAAGACAAGACAGGGGGGAUAUGAUAGAAAAAUGUAAAUACAUGAAAAGAAUCAACAGUUAAAGAGGAGACUAUAUUUAAAAGAAGAAAAACUACCACAACAAGAAGACAUAGUCUUUAAAAAAUAUCAGGAAGUAAUAGCCUUCCAGCUGAAGUGGUAGAGGUUAACACAGUAAAGGAGUUUAAGCAUGCGUGGUAUAGGCAUAAGGCUAUCCUAACUAUAAGAUCAGGCCAGGGACUAAUGGAAGUAUUUAGAAAAUUGGGCAGACUAGAUGAGCCGAAUAGAUCUUAUCUGCCGUCACAUUCUAUGUAAGGCCAAAUUCACUAAAGGCAAUUUCAGGGAGAUUAAACCUCUUUUUAUGUGCUAGUCUCUAAGCUAUGAAUAGGGGUUUACACAUUUCAGUUCUGAGUUUUUUCAUUAUCAAGGCUACUGAAAUACUUUGAGGGACAAUUGUGUUUUUUGACCGUUAAAUUCUAUCACUGUUUUGAUCAUAUUUAUUAAAGUGUUAGAAAUUUCUGUAACAAAAUUGCAGAAAACCAUUCUUUUAUGUUUCAGAAGUCAAGUUAAGAGUGUUAGAAAAAUAAAAAAGCGAAACAGAACACUUUUUUUUUUCUCAGAAAAAGUUGUGAAAAUGCAAAAAUCUGUUGCAGUGUUAAAAAAAAAUUAUGUAUAUUCAAAAUAAUGGUUGGGGCACAAAAAGCACAUGAAAAAAUCCAAUAAAUUUAAUAAAUUAAGAAAACAAAUUGCUGAAAAUUCCACUAAAAGUGUUGGCUACACGUUGAUAAGUUUCUCCCAAUGUCUUGUAUAUUUAUACAUACAAACGUUUGGUAUUUAAAGAGAUGGCUAUAGGUGUUAAGGGACAUUGAAAGCAUACAUUUCAAUAAAAUGUAUUUCAACAAAGUGCAUAGCAUAACACCUAUUGAAUAACACAGUUUUUUCAUGUCCUUAUAGUCUAUGAUUUGCUUCUUUCUGUUCAGAUUUUGGAAGGGUCUUUUUAAUCGUUUUGAGAAAGGCAUGCACCCUCGUCAGUCUGUGACCGAUUUCCUUCUAGCAGUGAAAGAAGAGACGCAGCAGCUAGAUGAAGAACUGGAAACAAUGAGAAAGGUAUCAGCUCACAUCAUUAUUUUAGGAUUUAUGAUAGGUGACCUUUAGUUGAGCAACACUUUUUUAGUAUUGCCCUGAGAAAAGAGCAUUGUCUUCGGUAUAUCAUGUCUGGUUUGGACAGUCAGACUACUUGGAAUUGUAGGUCCUCUCUGGCCAAACCUUAUUGUUUGUUUCUUCAAGCUACUGCAAAUAUUCUAGUCUUCUAGUUAUUGUACAACAGAAAAUCCUACUGUUUUGUGAAUGAGCGAUAGAUAAAAGCAUUCGAUGGAGAUAUUGUUUAAAUAUGGGCAACCUUUUUUUUUUCUUUUUCUGAAAUGAGAUCCAAUACAGAAGCUGUGUGUGCAUAUGUAAUGUGCUACAUAUCCUGAUCUUUCUUUUAGAGACUACUGAAAUUAGAAAGCCGACAGAUAAUUGACACUGACAAAAUAUAUGAUCAACAUAAAAAUGGACAUUUCUUGACCAUCAUCACCAAACAUCCAUCUGCCAACACCACCCAGGAAUACAGCAACAACCUGAAGUCUUUCCCAUCACGCAGUCCUUCUCAGGGUGAAGAGGAUUCUGCUCUUAUCCUGACUCAGGAUCAUUUGAAGAGCUCUGACCCAGACCUAUCCACAAACAGUGACCAAGAGUCGGGGGUGGAGGACUUGAGCUGCAGAUCUCCGAGUGGUGGUGAAUCCUUACCAAGUGAAGACAGUGGCAAGGACCCCGAUUCUGAUGAAGCAGUGUUCCUGAAUGCUUAAGUGAUGUUUUAGUGACCCCACGCUAUUUAUUUUUUAUAUAUAGGGAGAAGUGCAAUGUUACCCUAGAACAAUGUGUGAAAAGAAAGAAAAAAAAUCCAUUGGUGGCUAUACAUUAGAAUUGUUGUACAGUAGACACGAGAUACCAUGUCUCUAAAUGAAUUAUUUAAAUAUUUAUGGAGCAGGUCUUGAGGGAACACUCCAAGCACCAUAACUACUAUGGCUCACUGUAGUGGUCAUGGUGCCAGGAGUACCCUAGCAUCCCCAUAAAUCGUCAAUUUGUUUGCUACUAAUUUGAUUUUUCAACAAACUACUACUACAAUUUAGGGCACCUGUUCUAAAGAAGGAUAUUAGAGACAGGCUACACAACUAAUAAAAGUAACAUUUCAGUUAUGAAGAAAGGUUAACAAAUAUAAACCUAUUUAGUUUACAAAAAUGGCGCCUCAGAGGGGAUAUGAUGGCAUUAUACAAAUAUAUUUGGGGCCAAUACCAACCAUUGUCUGGAAAUCUAUUCAUAAACUGGACUAUACAUAGGACACGAGGUCAUGCGUUUAGACUGGAAGAAAGGAGAUUUAGGCAAAGGAAAAUAGUUAUUUUUCAGUAAGAACAAUAAGGAUGUGAAAUAUAUGCCUGAAGAAAUGGUUUUAUCAGAAUCUGUACAGAUGUUUGAAAAGCAACUGGAUGAAUACAGGAAAAAAAACACAAUAUUCAGGGAUAUAAUGUUUAAUUUGUGGGGUAAUAGCUUCUUGAUCCAAAGAUAAAUCUGACUGCCGAUUUUUUUCCUAGUUUGUUGCAAAAUUGGAAGUGCUUCAAACUCUUUUUUUGUUUGCAUUCUUUUGGAUCGGCAGUAAAAACAGAUGUGAGAAAGGCUGAACUUGAUGGACACAUGUCUAUUUUCAGCUUAUGUAAUUAUAUAUGACUUCUUACCUUGGAUCUGCUGGAGGCUGGUCACUUGCUCUGUAGACACCUGAAAGCUCAUUAGCGCUAAUGAGUUAAGUUACAUACAGGGUCAGCUCAUUGGCUAAGGGCCAAGCACUACCAGAUGUUGGUCAGAACUGAAAGCUACCAGCUCUUAUAGAGGCAGUUAAUGGUGCCAGCUCGACUGUAGGUUAGAAGGCAAACAAUUUUACUAGUUUCCUUGAGGUGUGCCAGGGCAUUCGUGCUGCCAUAACUACUACAGUACUGUAGUGGAUAUGGUGUUUGGAGUGUCCCUUAAAUUUGGUAUAUUUCCUAAAAAAUAAAUAAAAUAAAGGCAAUUCCAAUAUGAUGGACUAAUAAUUUUUUUUUAUUAAUUAGACCAAAAUAAAAAUAUAUAGUAGAGAUGUAGAAUACAUAUGUAGACCACAAGUAUCAUACACUGCUAAUUUUUAAGGUUUUCUCAGUAAGGUAUAUGUGUGCAUAAGUACUUUAGUGUUUAUACCCAUGUAUACAUUACUGACAAAACUUUUUUUUUCUUUUCAUUCACCUGUCAAAUUGGGACAUUUCUGGAAAUAUACUGCACAAUUUAGGGUCAUGGCCUGUUCGGUGGUUUUUGAGACCGUAGUAUUUUUGCUUUUUGUUUUAUCCUCUGUAAUGAACAAUAGUAGUUAAUAGUUGAUUAGCUGUCAGAUUAUGAGAAAACUUGUUUAGUCACUGUUCAAUGAUCAACCUACUUUAAUGCUCUAUGAACAUUAGAUCUAUAAGACCAUAAAUGAAAAUAUUUGAGUAAACUAGUUCAAACAUUUACAGGGACAUUAUAGGCACCCAGAGCAUUUCAUUUCAAUAAAUGUGUGCAGUGCAUUUUGGUCCUGUAAUGUAAGACAUUGCCAUUUUGGAGAUGUUUACAUUGCAGGGUUAGACUCUCCUCUGGUUGCUGUCUCCCUGACAGCCACUAGAUGGUGCUUCUGCACCCACAACCAAGCCAUACUUCGUUUUUUCACCUUUGACGUUCUCACGCGUUGCCCGAGUACAUUAAUCAUUUAAUUAAUGCUCCUCACAGAGAGGCAUUGUAUUUAAUGUUUCCCUAUAAGAAGCAUUUGAUUGGACGAGUGCGGCACUUACCGUGCAUGCAGUUUUCGUCCAGAAUGCUACGGUACGAAGUAUUUGAUUACAUAAGUAGUCAAAGAGGAGUCAUCCUGCAGAAAGACAGGAGGCAGGGCCAGCUGCUCCAAGAACUAAGUCUAGGCACUGAAAACAAGAUGUCAAGGUUUUUGUUUUUUUACCUAAAUGGGGGUAGCCUAGGGUCACAAGAAAGUAUCUAAACUAAUUUACAAGAUAGUUGUUUUUUUUUCUACAACAGUUUUAAGAACGUUGCAAGAAUUUUUUUGUUGUCUCCCUAGAAUAUCAGAUUCAACAUAACAACUACUCCUAUUGACUCAAUAUUCCAGUAGAAUGAGACACACAAAAUAGGCAGGAAGUGAUAAACAAGCUAUGAAUGCUGUACAUAGAUUUCUGGCAAAUGCAUUCCUCCCAUAUGCUUUUCCACUUGUUAAUGUACAGCAGCAUGGAUGUACCCAUGUCUACUGGCUGCUUCUCAUCCCUGGAAAAAUAAUAAUGUUUUGCAUCCAUGCGCCUCAGUGUGCAUUCUAUAUGGAUAUGUACAAUAUUAAAAUGCUUUGCUAUGACUACUUUGUACAGCACAUUAACCCCUGUAGCAUUGCAGAGGUUAAAAAGACACUCCAAUAUGGAUUCGGUGCAUAAUUUCUUAAAUUCAUUUUAUUGAACAUAAUCAAAUCAAAAGAAUAAAAGUAGAAACCUAGAUAUUCAUAUGUUUUUGUGAAAAUCCUACAGAUCACACCAUCAGCUUUAACCACUCUAAGAAGUGACUUGGCCAAUCAGAUGUUUCUCAUUCUGUACUUUGAACUCUGAAUGGUUCAACAUGUACUACCGAGUACUGCAUGUAAAGUGUAGACGCAUUGACUAAUUUAAAAGCUCUGUGUGCACUACCUCUGCUGUUCGCAGGGCAUGGGUUUGUGGAACUUGUAGCUCAGUUAUCAGCUUUCUAAUUAUAAUUUUUUUUUUACCCGAACAGUGAUUCCAAGAGAGCUUUGCUGUGCUUCCUGAUGACAUGUAGAUCUGUGUUAUUGGCCACUGUAGGCAAUUAGAGACAGAAAGGGAUUUAUACGCCGCUACAGCAACCAGCAAGUAGGAAUUAUUUUAGAAUGGAGGGGGUUGGAACAGAGGAAGCAGGGUUAAAAUGCAGAAUAGUACUAAAAAAAAAAUGGAUUGAUUUGUCUCCAAAUCUAUACAAAUUUGGACAUGCAAAAAUACAGCUAAUUAUUUAGGUCCAAAGAAUGUAUAAUGCAUAAAAGUUGUGUUGAUGCUUGGAGUGUCCUUUUAAAUGAAAAUAUACAUUCCAUUACAUAAAUGGGUGAACAAGAGUUGGCUCAGACACUGCCUGGCCUUCGCAGAUUCCAUUCUGGAGACUUGCGGCACAGGAGGAUGAAUUGAAAGGUGUUUUUUUUUUUAUUACGGAUUUAGUGCACAAGUUUAUCUCUAUAAUAAAUACAACUACACACUGGUGUGUUCCGUUUAUAUUUACCAGCCAUAUGGUGGUAGGCUUGAUAAUUUUGUGGACAUUAAUUCUAACUUGAAAGCAGUUGAGGCAUGUCCUUCUCAGCACAGUAACUACUGUUUAGGUGGAAUUCAACAGGUAAACCUUAUUAAUUACAUAAAUCACUGUUGAGUAAAAGAGAAGCUUUUUUUUUUUUUUAACAGAUCGGCAAUUGUUGAAACAUGAACAAUUCUAUGCAUAAUUAAGAUGGGUUAAUUGCACUGAAUUCCGUAUUUUCUUGAUGUAGGGUCAUUUGUCACCAAUCCUCGGUUAGUUUAGCAGGACAUCUGUACCAAAAAUACUUGUUCAUUACACUACAAUCUGCAAGGUAUAUAUACGGUUAAAUACGUAACCUCUAUGAAGACUUAAUCCCAAAACAAUAGGCUAACAACCCUAGCUGGAUGUCAUAUGAAUUUGACGGCCAGCUUGUUCUCAUUUUGCUUUGGGUGAGAUUUUAUAUACUAUUAUUCCAUUUUACAUUUUUUUUCAUUUAAUUGCCCUAAAGUAUUACUUUGUUAUGGUGUUAACAGUUUAAUAAUAAAAAGUAUGUUACAAAUUAUGAGUUUGAUGCAGAAUGCAGAGAAAAAAAUGCUUUUAUAGAAAUGCAUGUAAGUGGACAAAAUUGCCAGGAAAUUUUUCUUGUGUAGUAUUGUUUUUUUUACAGUUCUUCAGCUAAAAUACUGCAUUGACCAGCAUUUUUCAUGCCGAGUGUCCCAUAUUUUGAAAAGCGUAUUUGGCAAUCAGUGGACAUAAAAUUCUUGGUUAGUGACAACUUUCCAAAUGUUUUGGAAGCUUAAUGGGUUAUUCCAAGAACCAUGACCACUUCAGUGAUUUUAAGUGGUCAUGGUGCCUGUAGUCCGUAUGUGCAGCAUUUUAACUCCACCUCUGGCAGUGGCAUUAGCCAGUCCAAUGUUCUGUGCUGCCGAUCAAUUCGGUGCAAAAGUGGCAUCUGACACCAGCACCCACAGCCACUUGUGGCAUGUGCCUCUCAUGACUUCCCCUCAGUCCAACCUCCCUGAUCUCCCUCCACCCUCUGGUGUAGGUGGAGAGACGUCACUCUGGGUAAGUGACCAUAAUGACUGGAAAAACUAUAUAAUGGAUCAAAGGUUUGAUUCCUGGUAGGGUUAACUAAACCCAUCAUCUUUCUGUGAUUAAUAAAAUGAAGACUGACUGUGCUUCAAACACAUUUAAUCCCUCACAGUGUAAAAACGGAUCUAUACGAAACUAUUAUAAAUCAGCCAUGGCUGUGGUUAUCUCUGUGUAAAAUGUAUGCAAAACAAAAUCUCACCCAAUGUCCAUGGUAUGCAUCCUUUAGUAAUAGCUGGUUCAGAUCCAGAUACCUUAUCCAAGGUGGCUACAUAUUGCAAUCACUGCAUAUAUAGAUGGUUAGCGAGGCAUAGCUCAUUAUCCCCUAAAGUGCUUCCUACUCAAUAGAGCCAGUUUUCUCAGUGCAUAUUGUCAGGUCAAGUGGCUGCAUUAAUUACGCUUGAUGUAGUGAGAUUCUAACUAUAUUUUACAUGAAUAGUUUAUCAGUUAUAUCAGACAUGUAUCAUACUGAUCUAGCUGUAUUGUUUGUGUUGUAUAGAAUGCGAUAUAAUAGUGUCACUUACCAGUAUACACACUCCUGUGUAACAUUCCUCACUACUUUUCGUAAAUACACCUGAUGUGUUUAAGACUUAACGUGCAUAGCUUUUUUUUUGUCAGAAAUGUCAAUAUUUUAAAAAUGUGAAUUUUUUUUCAAAGCUGCUAUUUUACUGAUGCAAGAUGCUAUCCAUGCAUGAUUUAAUUUGUCUAUUUUAUUGCAAAUGGAGAGACAUUGAUUCAGAUCAUACUGUGAGCCAGAAUCCAUCUUUUCAUGUGCCGUACAGGUACACCUCACUUACCGACCGGGUUCUGUUCCUACAACCCAGUCGAAGAACAAAUUGGUCGGUAAGUGAAGAGUAAAGGGAUUCCCUGCUUAGGUGCACUAGUCUAUGUUCGGGAAAAUUUCCCCGAACAUAGAUUAGAGGGACAUUUCCCUGAACAUAGACAAACGCAGCAGAGCAGGGAAUCACUCUAAUUCCCACGACGGCUUGCAUGUUACCACCCCACGAGAGAGCUGGUCGUAAAACAAGUAGGUUGCAAAAUAAGAACCACCUGUAUUAUUAUUUAUAAAGCACCAACAGAUUCCAUAGCGCUGUACAAUGGGUAUUAAUUUUGCCUGUAAAAUCAAAGUUUCCAAAGCUAAGCACUAAAAAUUAUCAGAAACCCAAGCUUUACAGAGAUGUGCCCACUUCUCAUUGAUAAGCAAUUCAACAUUGUAUUUCUUAGAGUUCUAAAGUUUUAUACUGUAUUUUAUGAAUUCCAGUUUGUGAUGUUGCAGCAGGUUCAUUGAAUAAGCUCCAUUAUUCAGGAUAAAUGUCAAUGAGUCCAGUAGCAUAGGCAGCACAAGUUCACUUGUAUCCAGUAUAGCUCAUCUGCUGGCUCGGUUUAGUGGCCACCCAACAUACACAUGGUAUGUAUGUUUAUAUCCAUUGCAAAGGGUUACAUCAGGGACAUCAAGACAAUAAUCUCUAAUGCAUGGCCCUGGGAUAUUUUUCCAAGGGAUGAACAAAUGUAAAAUCAAAAUUAUGUAAAUAUACAUAGUUAUAAUUUCCAAUGCCCUUGAAGAGCAAUCUAUACACAAAACAACGGUUUUAUCUUAAUUUUAGAAGCUAUCCAGAGAUUCUCCAGCCUAAAAAUAGAAACAUCACACUGAAAGGAAAUAUUCCUUGAAUAAAACUCAUAUCCGGCCAUCUUUUUUUUUUUAUAAGCUCUCCAGAGAUUCUCCAGCCUAAAGUUAGGCACAUUGCUUAUAUAAUACAGAUAUCCUGCCAACAUUCUUUAUAAUCAUGCUGCUGCUACAAUGUAAUAUGUUUAAGGUUAAUGGAAGCAAUGUCAUCUUGAAGGGAAUAUCAGAAAUGGAUGUUUGAACCCAAAGCUCACUACAACAGCCAGAAUUGCUAGCGAGCAUUUACUAUUUAUUGUUUUUGCACAAUCAAUAGUUGAUAGUUCCAUUUUACUAAUUAAGGGAAUUAACAGAUCUAGCACAGCUGAGUGUGAUAUGCAGACAUGUGGCGGCUAUUUAGAUAUAACUUCCAUGAAUCCCAACCUAGUAACAAAUAAGUAAAAUAAUACAUGAAUGUUUCUUUAAAAUGUAUGUAACAACGCUAUGACUUAAAGGGAGUCUCUCUCUCUCUCUCUCUCUCUCUCUCUCUCUCUCUCUCUCUCUCUCCACUCCUGGCUAGCACUUCCAAGAGAAACUGGGGGAAAGUGCAUCUGUAAAGCUUCCCAUAAACUGCUUUAUUUUUUAAUUUGUGUGAAUGCGAAGUUUGCACAUGUGCAAUAGACACAAAUACAUGAUCUCAAUGAAUUGAAAAAACAUGAAAACAACAACUUAUGCAAAAGUAUGAAAGCGUUUAGUGGUGUCCACUGCUUUUGAGAAGCCAUAAGCAAAUUUACUGAAAAUACACUGACAAAGGCCCUGAAAGAUCGCAGCCCAUUCCUAGAUAAUGGGCACUGGUGAGAGAUCACAAUGAUUUACUAUUAAUGGGUUGUUGUUUUUGUCACCAUUGGGAGCAAUUUUCAUGCAUGUUUCAAUACUUUUUCUCCAUGCCCAUUAAAUAAUGGCAUAUUUAACCUGGAGUGUUCUUUUACGAAUACAGCAUGGACAAUUAUAAAGAUGGCACCAUCAGCAGAACCUACAUUACCCAAACAAUGACAUUGAAUCUUUUUACUUUCCAGACCAUGUUUACACAACUGUUGUUGGCCAAUAUUUUGUUUCUAGUUUGCUUUGUAGUGACACGUGAAAUGUUUAAUAUUUUUGUUAUAUUUGCAUUGCUUAUUUUUAUACAGUAUUAAUUUAUUUGAGUAUAUAUUUAUGCUUCUUAAUUAUUACAAAUAUAAAGAGAUAUUGUGAAAUAUACACCAAUUAAAC